AUGUCAGCGCUUGCUACCGGGGAUAAAGCACCUGUCGACUCGACAAUCACCUCGACAGAGGCAGUCGAACCGGCUACCAGAACUUCUGUGACUGCUGAUCCGGAGAAGAAUGCCUACGAAAUCACGGCUUUGAGUUCGGCUGACAGUGAUGAAUAUCCCGCUCCCACCGAGGAUGAAGCAAAGGUUCUUCGCAAGGUCGCAGGCAACCUGCCUCUUGUAUCCUUUUCGCUGUGUCUGGUCGAGUUCGCGGAACGUGCAUCGUACUAUGGAGCAAAGACCGUCUUCUCCAACUUCAUCCAAUUCCCCCUGCCUGAGGGUGGCAAUGGAGCUGGUGCUCCUCCUCGAGGCACCCAGAAAACAGCCGGCGCUUUGGGAAUGGGCCUCCAAGCUAGUUCUGGACUUACCUUGCUCUUCUCCUUUUUGGCUUAUGUCCUCCCUAUCAUUGGUGGAUGGUGGGCCGAUGUAUACGUCGGUCGAUACUACGCCAUCUGCGUCGGCGUGGGAAUUUGUGGUGUGGCUCAUUUGAUUCAGAUCUUCGGCGCCCUACCUUCCGUGCUAGCAAGAGGGACUGGAAACUCUGCUCCGCCAUUUAUUAUCGGUCUGCUGUUGCUGGCAGUUGGUGCGGGUAUCUUUAAGCCUAACAUUGCACCCGUUGUUCUCGACCAAAACCGUCACCAGAAACCCUAUACCAAGGCCCUCAAGUCAGGCGAAAAGGUCAUCGUGGAUCCCGAACUGACCAGCCAGCGUACGAUGCUGAUCUUCUACGGGUUUGUCAACAUCGGUGCCUUCUUCAUGCUUGCCACCACAUACUCGGAGAAAUAUAUCGGCUUCUGGCUUGCUUUCUUGCUUGCCGGUAUCAUCUACUUCCUUCUCCCCAUCCUUCUUUUUGGGGUCUACCGGAAGACAUACCGAACGCCGCCCAGUGGACACUCCGAUCUUGGCAACGCAUUCAAGAUUAUCGUCACAGCUCUUCGACGCAACAAUUUCAAAGUAUGGAAGAAGGAUUUGUUCGAUGCGGCCAAGCCCAGCGUUCUCGCGGCUGAAGGCAUUCACGUCAAAUGGUCCGAUAAAUUGGUCGACGACGUGCGCAGAACUGUCGUGGCCACCGAAAUCUUCUUCUACUUCCCCAUCUGGGUCAUGAAUGACGGCGGUAUCGGCUCCGUGUCCUCCAACCAAGGCGCCUCGAUGGUGACCAACGGCGCGCCCAACGACCUCCUGAGCAACUUCAACGCCCUCACCAUCAUCGUCUCAGUCCCCUUCCUCUCCUACGUCUUCUACCCCUUCCUCACGCGCCACAACAUCAAAUUCGGCCGCAUCAGCCGCAUCACCUGCGGGUUCAUCAUCGCCGCCAUCUCCGGCCUCAUCGGCGCCAUAGUCCAGUGGCGCGUCUACAAAACCUCCCCCUGCGGCUACCAAGCCUCCACCUGCGACGACGUCUCCCCGCUCAGCAUCUGGUGGCAAAUCCCCAAUACCAUCCUGGGCGCCUUCUCUGAAUGUCUCUGCAACGUGACCGCCUACGAGCUCGCCUACGCCCGCUCCCCACCUAGCAUGCGUGGUCUCGUCAUGGCCAUCUUCCUGUUCAUGAACGCCCUCUCUAGCGCUUUCGGCGAGAUCCUCAUCCCUGUCACCCAGGACCCCUAUCUCAUCUGGAUCUGGGGUGCGCCUGCCGUCGCCCUGGCCCUGCAGACUAUCGUCUUCUGGUUCCGGUUCAAGCAUCUGAACGAUGACGAGUACAUGAUUGACGAGAAGAAUUAUGAGCAGGAUGAUACGGCUGCGAUUGUAAAUGAGACGCGCGAUGAGAAGAGAUCGUGA